CAAAGAGCCCCGGGGCUAGUAGUUACAUUCAAGCAGUCAAUGUACUUGCUUUUGAAAAGCCUUGCUAUUGUUCGCCUCAAUGAUGUUCCUGGAGUAACGUCAUAAUACUUCUACCGACCACCAUAUAAAACGGCCCAGAUGCUAGUAGGAGGGACGCCAUCGGAAAGAUGGUUCCCUCUACUAGAUCGCUUUCAUCUCUUCUUGCCCUGCCGGCGCUUGUCUUCUUCUCUCUGUCAGCGAGCGCUUUUCCUCAUCCUCGGACAGCGUCAAGCCCGGCUACUCUUAAGCUCGCCGUUAGAAUAAACUCGUACGGGAUCAAGAACAUCGCGGCUGCAGAUAGAGCUCGAAUCCAAGCCCGACAAGCUGGCGGCAGCUCUUCCAUCAGUGUAACCAACGAUGUGACAACAUACACCGCUGACAUCGGCGUGGGGAGUCCAGCAACGUACUACACAGUCCUGGUAGACACGGGAAGCUCAAAUACCUGGAUCGGGGCCAACAAAGCUUACGAGAAGACUGCCACAAGCCAUGACACAGGCAAUCAAUUCUUUAUUCCAUAUGGCAGUGGGAGUGUUGUUGGAGAGGAAUAUACAGACACCGUGACGCUCAGCUCUGAUCUGGUCAUCGACAACCAAUCUAUUGGCGUCGCAUCUCAAUCCUCAGGGAUGGAUGGCCUGGAUGGAAUUAUUGGCCUUGGACCAGUUGAUUUAACGCAGGGCACCGUCAGCAAUACAUACGAAGUUGCAACUGUGACGGACAACCUCUAUAAGCAGGGAACGAUUGGUUCGGAAGUACUAGGAGUGUUCUUCGCACCUGCUUCCUCCGCUGAUAGCAGUGGCGAGCUCACAUUCGGUGGUUAUGACGCCUCCAAAAUCACUGGAGACGUCAGCUACGUGCCGAUCACAUCGACGUAUGAAGCGAGUACAUAUUGGGGCAUUGAUCAAUCCAUCAGCUAUGGGUCUACGCUCAUUCUAGAUGAGACAGCUGGUAUCGUCGAUACCGGAACCACCUUGAUUUACAUUGCCUCCGAUGCCUUCGACAAGUAUCAGUCUGCCACGGGGGGAACCCUCGAUGAGGCCACUGACUUGUUAAAGAUCUCAUCCGACCAGUACGACCAACUGUCAUCCUUGUAUUUCACUAUUGGCGGGGUCACUUAUGAGCUCACCCCGAAUGCGCAAAUCUGGCCUCGAUCGUUGAACAGCGCCAUUGGCGGUACCACCGAUGGUAUAUACCUGAUCGUCAGUAGCACUGGGAGUUCCAGCGGUUCUGGCGACGAUUUCACGAACGGAUACUGUUUCCUCGAGCGGUUUUACUCGGUGUUCGACACGACAAACUCUCGAGUCGGGUUCGCCACCACUGAGUACACCUAUGCUACGACAAAUUAAAUCCGUAAGGAACUGGCAGCUGAGCGGCAGUUAGCAUCGCCUUCCCUCGCAAUUUGUUCUUCCUCACUGCAUCAUACGACCCGCUCGCUCGUUUUACACUCACUCAUUUUUGCUAUCACAUUGUAAUAUUCAAUUUGCCAUUGAUUUAUGUUGGC